CACCAUAGCUCUACAAUCCAGCACCUGUCAUGCAUGUACAUGUUUUUUUUUUUUAUAUAUAUAGUUUACUUGGUUUUAUUUAUUCAUAUUAUACAUUAUCUUAAUGCAAACCUUACCUUGAUUUCAUCUAUAAAAAUCCAUAACUAAUACUUGGACAAACAGUGUUAAAGCAUACAUGAAAAAUUUUUAGUUGAUUAUUCAUUCAUUCUUCCAAUGGAAGGCAAAAAAUUAUCUCUUCUUCACUGCCUUCUCCUCCAUGGUUUUAUUUUGGCUAUGCUUACUACAAGGGCAGCUUCUCAACCCAAUAAAAAGAGCUAUAUUGUAUACAUGGGCAACCAGCCUAAGGUUGGGAAUUCCACGUCCUCACUUCAUAACAGCAUGCUACAAGAUGCCUUUGGCAGUGAUUUUGUCACGAAGUCAGUGCUUUGUAGCUACAAGAGGAGUUUCGAUGGGUUUGUGGUGGAGCUAACGGAGGAAGAAGCACGAAAAAUGGUUGGAAUGAGUGGUGUAGUAUCUGUGUUUCCAAAUGAAAAGAGAAAGCUACAUACAACAAGGUCAUGGGACUUCAUGGGAUUUCCUGAACAAGUUGCAAGAGCAGCUUCGGAAAGUGAUGUUAUCAUUGGAGUUUUAGACACUGGAAUUUGGCCUGAAUCUGAAAGUUUUAGUGACAAAGGACUUGGUCCACCUCCUAGCAAAUGGAAAGGCAUUUGUCAAACAGCAAUUAACUUCACUUGCAACAAUAAGAUCAUAGGAGCACAAUAUUACCGGAGCAAUGGAUUAUUUGGCUCAGAUGACAUUGUUUCUCCUAGAGACUCUAAUGGCCACGGGUCUCAUACGGCAUCAACAGCUGCCGGGGGGUUAGUUAACAGGGCAAGUCUGUUUGACCUUGGCUUCGGAACAGCUCGAGGAGGGGUUCCAUCAGCUCGUAUUGCUGUGUACAAAAUUUGUUGGUCAGAUGGUUGCUAUGAUGCUGACAUUCUUGCAGCAUUUGAUGAUGCAAUUGCAGAUGGGGUUGACAUUAUAUCUCUGUCAGUUGGAUCGCGGACUCCUAAUGACUAUUUCAAUGAUUCAAUUGCAAUUGGAGCUUUUCAUUCCAUGAAAAAUGGUGUGUUGACUGUUAACUCUGCAGGCAACGAUGGUCCUGAUCGUGCAACCAUCAAGAAUUUUUCACCAUGGUCCCUUUCUGUGGCUGCCAGCACUAUAGACCGAAAGUUUUUUGCCAAGGUGCAGCUUGGAAACAAUAUGAUUUAUCAGGGUGUAUCAGUAAAUACAUUUGAUCUGAAGAAUGAAAUGUACCCUAUAAUUCAUGGUGGAAGUGCUCCCAACAUUACUGGAAAUUUUACAUGGGCUUCAUCCAGGUUUUGCCUUCAGAACUCUUUGGACCCCAAUUUGGUCAGGGGAAAAAUUGUUCUUUGUGACACGUUAAGCAGUGGGAGAGAACCAUUCCUUGCUGGGGCAGUUGGUGCAGUGAUGCAAGACCAGGGACCAAAAGAUUUUGCAUUCUCAUUUCCUUUGCCUGCUUCUUACCUUGAUAUGGCUGAUGGCAGCAAGAUUUUCAUGUAUAUAAACUCGACAAGUAACCCAACUGCAACUAUAUUUAAGAGUAACGAGGGUAAUGACACAAUGGCUCCUUAUGUAGCCUCUUUCUCCUCAAGGGGUCCGAAUCCAAUUACACCUGACAUACUUAAGCCAGAUUUGUCCGCACCAGGAGUUGAUAUUCUAGCUGCAUGGUCGUUAAUUUCCCCUGUUUCUGAAAUUAAAGGCGAUAACAGAUUCGUUCAAUUCAACAUAAUCUCAGGAACAUCAAUGUCUUGCCCCCAUGUUUCUGGAGCAGCAGCCUAUAUUAAAUCAUUUCAUCCUGAAUGGUCUCCUGCUGCUAUCAAAUCUGCCCUUAUGACUACUGCCUUCCCUAUGAGUUCCGGCAUUAACUUGGAUGCUGAAUUUGCAUACGGCUCAGGCCAUCUGAAUCCUAUCAAAGCUAUUAAUCCUGGUCUAAUCUAUGAUUCUGAUGAAGUUGACUACAUAAAAUUCUUGUGUGGACAAGGAUAUGAGAGUCGGUUUCUACAACUAGUCACUAGGGAUAAUACUACUUGUUCUGAAGCUACAAAUGGAACAGAUUGGGGUCUAAACUAUCCUUCCUUUGCUCUUUUUACCUCAGGUUCAACAACUUUUAGCCGUGCCUUCAACAGGACAGUCACAAAUGUUGGAUCAGCAAUGUCUAUAUAUAGGGCAAAUGUGACUGCUCCAGCAGGAAAUUUUAAGAUCCAAGUUAAUCCUAAUGUUCUGUCAUUCAAAUCUUUCGGACAAAAGCUGUCAUUUGCACUAACAAUUGAAGGAACGACGGAUCAAUCUAUAGUUUCUGCUUCUUUGGAAUGGGAUGAUGGAGUACAUAAAGUCAGGAGUCCCAUCAUUUUAUUUGUUUCAAUAUCAUAA